CAAGACACGCCCCGGCGACCGGGCGGCGACGCGGGUUCGUGGUUGCAACCCCUUACCGGUGGGUGUAGAAUUGGCGAAGCCAAUUGGCGGGUUCCGUUAGAGGCUCGGCCCAACCAUUGUGCCGAACGCGGUCACUGGGAGUGAUGCAGCUAGAUAUGCGUGAACUGGUAAUUGACAGCAUCCGGAUCAGCCAGAUGAAUUACCAACGGGUGGUAGUUCUGAAGGAACUGGAAACCAACCUCUUCCUGCUCAUCUGGAUUGGCCCCACCGAAGCCGAAGCCAUUGCCGUGAAGAUGCAGGGAAUGACUGUUCCCCGGCCACUGACCCACGACUUGCUGGUCGACCUGGUGAAAUCGGUGGGUGGUUCCUUCGAGCAUAUUCUGGUGAACGACCUGCAGAACGAAACCUUUUACGCCAAGGUGGUUAUCCGGGUCGGCGACCAGACCCACGAAAUCGACUCCCGGCCCAGCGACGCCAUGGCCGUGGCCGUGCGCGCCGAAGUUCCGAUCUACGUUGCGGAUGAAGUGAUGGACAAAGCGGCAAUCUCCAUGGAUCAGGAUACCGGACAGCCUCUGACGCCCGAGAGCGCGGCAACUGAAGAUGCCGAGGCCAACGUAACCGAGGAAGAAUUGCAAAAGUUGUCGGCCUUUACCGACCUGAUUAACGAGUUGGAUAUGGAAGACUUCGAACGCAAGUAG